UUGUUCCGGGAAGUGAAGCAGUGCCUGAUAUAAACAGCAGCCUGGCAGUUCAAUCGGCUUGGGUAAAUAAUUUGGAAGGUCACAGCAGAAUUCAUCUAGUUGAUUGUAAUCUAACCAUGCAUACAGACAAGAGAGUAAAGUAACUUUUCAAGGAAUACAAGACCUAUAAAGAUGCCGGCAGUAUCUUCAGGUCUAAAAGAACUGUACCUCUCAACAUCUCUAGGAGAAUUAAACAAGAAAGCUGAGGUUAAACCAGAUAAAAUCAGCACACGAAGCUAUGUUCAGAGUGCUUGUAAAAUAUUUAAAGCUGCAGAAGAGUGCAGAUUGGACAGAGAUGAAGAAAAAGCAUAUGUGUUUUAUAUGAAGUUCCUCUCUGUUUAUGAUCUUAUUAAAAAAAGGCCUGAUUUUAAGCAGCAGCAGGACUAUGUUAUGUCUAUGCUUGGACCAACAAGUUUCAAAAAAGCAAUUGAAGAAGCUGAGAAGCUGUCUGAUAGUCUUAAACUUAGAUAUGAGGAAGCAGAAGUACGCAAAAAACUAGAAGAGAGGGAAAGACAAGAAGAAAAGAAGAAAAAACUAGAGAAAUCAAAAACUGAAGAAAAAGAACCAGCCAAAGGUGCUCUGAAAGAAAAUGGAGAUGUGAAAAAAGACAAGAAGAUUAAGUUGGAGCAGAAGGAUUUAAAAGAUGGUCAAAAUAAGACAUCAAAAGACUCUGUGUCACUUGGAGCAAUUACAGCAAAAAAACUUUUUGAAAUAUUAAAUGAUCAAAACAUUGCUGUUAUUAUAAUGGAUGCCAGGAGUCAAAAGGAUUAUCAGGAAUCUCAAAUUCAAGUGCCUACUCAGAAGAGUAUCAGCGUUCCUGAGGACAUUAUAAAACCAGGAAUAACAGUAAACCAGAUAGAGGCAAACUUGCCUUCAGAAUCCAGAGAACAAUGGAAGAAACGAGGCCUUGCUGAUUAUGUAGUUUUGUUAGAUUGGUUUAGUUCUGCAAAAGACCUAAAACUUGGGACCACACUACAAAGCCUAAAAGAUGCAUUGUUUAAGUGGGACAGUCAGACAAUACUUCGGAGUGAACCAUUGGUUUUAGAAGGUGGUUAUGAAAGCUGGCUUCUUUGUUAUCCCAUGUAUACAUCUAAUGCCAAAAUCAAACCUCCAAAGCAGGAGAGGACUGAAACCAUAGUUGUUUCAUUAAAUUUUAGCUACCCAUCUUUAGAAGAGCCUCCUGUACAAGUUAACAUAGAACCAGAACAUCCUGUGGAAGUAAAUGGGAAGAUUCCCUUUGAUGAAACUGAGCUUCAAGUAGAAGAUUCAGAAGAAACUAAACAGCCUACAAAAAAUAUACCUGAGCAAAACCAGGUGGAAUCACCCAUACCUUCUGCAAAAUCAGAAAGCGAGGCAGUCAGCAAAACUGUAGUGACAACUAAGAUUAUUCCACAAAUUGAUCGUACCAAGAAGCCUUCAGUAAAAAUACCAAAUGGCACCAAAUCUGGCAUAGCUGCUGCAUCCACUGACCAAAAAAAUAUUCACAAUGGACCAGUUGUUCCUGAUCGCUCGGUAAAACCAUCUUUUGACAUAAGCAGUUCUCUCACGGAGGAAGAGAAAAAUCAGAUUCAUCUAGAAACAGCUAGUCUUAUAGAAAAGGCAAAAAAAGAGCAGGAAUUGCGAAAACGAGAAAAAAAUGUACAAGAAGAGCAACAAAAGGAACAAGAAAGACAAGAACAGAAGGAGAAAUUAGAGCAGGAAGAAAGAGAGAAAAAGCAGAAGGAGGAGAAAGAACACAAAGAAACAGUGGAGAGGAAAAGGUUAGAAAAACUUGAAGCUGAAAAAGCAGAGCUGGAAAAAAAACUAAAGGAAGAACAAGAGAAAGGAAGAAGUAGUGAAAUGGCUCAAGUAAAUAAGGGCUCCAGAGAAUCCUCUCCAGAUAUCAUGGCCAGUCAUGAAACUAAGAGAGAAACCUUGAACCGAGCCAGGAGUGAAGAAAUGGGCAGAACUGUGCCUGGUUUGCCUGAAGGCUGGAUGAAGUUUUUAGAUACAGUGACUGGGACUUUUCGAUAUUAUCAUUCACCCACAAAUAUGGUUCACCUGUACCCACCAGAGAUGAGUGUAUCUGCAACACCCCCUUCCACACCCCCCACUCUUAAGCCAAAGCAGCAGCCACAGGUGGAGCUAGAAAAGGGGCACUCCAAGUUGAAGCGUUCUUACUCUUCUCCAGACAUCACACAAGCCGUCUUGGAGGAAGGCAAGAAGAAAGUGAUUGUAACUCCCACAAUUAACCGAGGAACUAAGCCUGCCAGCUUCACCACAUACACUAAAACUGAGUUCACACGGCCAACUGCUACUCAGAUACGCAACCUCAACCCUGUGUUUGGUGGUCUAGGUGCUGCUCUUACAGGUCUGCGAAAUCUUGGCAACACCUGUUACAUGAACUCUAUCCUGCAAAGCUUGUGUAACACUCCACGCUUGGCAGAAUAUUUCAAUAAGAACUACUAUCAGGAAGAUAUCAACAGAUCCAACAUUUUGGGACAUAAAGGAGAAGUAGCUGAAGAAUUUGGAGUUAUUAUGAAAGCACUGUGGUCGGGGCAGUACAGGUUUAUUAGUCCCAGAGAUUUUAAAUUUACAAUUGGGAAGAUUAAUGAUCAGUUUUCAGGCUUUGAUCAGCAGGACUCACAAGAGCUGUUACUUUUCUUAAUGGAUGGGCUUCAUGAGGAUCUAAAUAAAGCUGACAAUAGGAAAAGGUACAAAGAAGAAACUAAUGAUCACCUUGAUGACUACAAGGCUGCAGAAUUGGCUUGGAGUAAACACAAGAUGCUUAAUGAAUCCAUUAUUGUGGCCCUGUUUCAAGGCCAGUUUAAAUCCACAGUGCAGUGUCUGACAUGUCAUAAAAAAUCCAGGACAUUUGAAGCUUUCAUGUACUUGUCAUUGCCAUUAGCAUCUUCAAACAAAUGUUCCCUGCAGGAAUGUCUGAAGUUAUUUUCUAAAGAAGAAAAACUAACUGACAACAAUAAAGUGUUAUGCAGCCAUUGCAAAACUCGAAGAGAUUCAACCAAAAAGAUUGAAAUCUGGAAGCUCCCACCUAUACUGCUUGUGCAUUUAAAAAGAUUUUCUUAUGAUGGCAGAUGGAAACAGAAGCUUCAGACAUCUGUGGAUUUCCCUUUGGAAAAUCUGGAUUUGUCCCAGUAUGUGAUUGGUCCAAAGAGUAAUUUAAAGAAAUACAGCUUGUAUGGAGUAUCUAAUCACUAUGGAGGACUGGAUGGAGGUCAUUAUACAGCUUACUGCAAAAAUGCUAUAAAGCAACGAUGGCACAAGUUUGAUGAUCACGAGGUGUCUGAUAUUUCGACAUCUUCAGUCAAGUCUUCUGCUGCUUAUAUUCUAUUUUACACCUCCUUGGAUUUCCGAGUGUCAGAAAUUGCCACUUAAUAAAACUGCACUUCAUCAAACAACAUUCUGGUUAUCAUUACGGUACAGAGAACAUUAUAAAAAUAACUUCCUAAUUGAAGGAAAGUAAUCAGUACAGGUCUGUGGGUGCCUGAAUUUACACUCUUUUAGCAUUUACAUAAAUAUAAAACAACCGUAACUCAUCUUUUAGUGAGGCUAAAAAGCAUAUCUUCCUGUCCAUUACAGUAAUACAAUACUGCCUGUAGGAAAAAGUCCAGUUUAGCACGAUUUAAAAUGUGUAAUACACAAUGACCUUAUUAUACUGUAGUCAAAAUGGAACUAUGUAAAAUUCAUUAAAUGUUAUAAACCUUGUCUCUAGAUUUUCAUAUUUAUGGCCUUUUCACAUAACUGAAAUUCAGCUUCCCUGUACUUUGAAUUUAUUAGAAUAAUUAUAUAGAAUUGUAUAUGUAUACAAAACUGCUGAUAUUGCACAUGAAAUCUUAUGUAUAUAGCUUUGAAAAUAAAUAUUCAUUUAUUUAAUCAACCAGUUACAUUUAUUGUGAGAGACAUGCAUGCACAUAUAUACGAAGAAUUGCUACUUCAGACCUUACUAACCACAGUUUUUACUAACUAGCAUUUACAAAAUUUGUGGAGAAUAAAUUUUUACACAAA